AUGACGUGCUCUUGCGACUGGGCGCCACACGUGCCAGCGGAAGUACCUCGGCUUCCGAUACAGCUGUCUCUAACAAUGAAGUACUUCCGCAGUACCGGUGGAACUCUGGCCGGUGGAGGUCGAUGCAUCGAUAGGCAGUACAAUUUCAUCUGCACUCCAGUCUUCCGCGUUUGUCUCACGUCAGAAGCACAGCGACGAAACUGUGAACAGGUGUACGAAUUUGGUGGUCACGGUCCAAUGUACUAUUUGGCCAAAUCAAUAGAUUUCGGAGAUCAUUUAGAACCAGACUUACCGAAUAUGUUAAACUUCACAAUCACUCGACCGGAUGCUGUGCUUCAUUUCACGGUGAGCAAUCGGGAUUUCCGUUUGAUGAAUUUGUGGAGCGAAUUUGAGGUGCCUCUGCAAGAAUAUCUCACGAUCCCGUCCGUGAUCACUGAAAAUCACUGGACUGAGAAGCUGCAACAGAGCAAUGGGAUACAGUAA